AUGUCGCGAGCGGGGAAAGUGAAGAUUGGCUCCCACUGGAAGAAGCCUCCCACUAAGAUUUACGACUACAACUACAAUUUCCAGCAAGGUUAUUAUAAGCCAAUGGUGGACCAUCUAGACAAGAAAGAUCGCGGGAUAACCGAAGAGGCGCCUGGAGCACAGACGUUCGCCGAGCGAGUCGCUCGCCAUUGCCCCGGAUGCAUGGCGUCUCACGAGCCAGGCAAGGUAUCAUUCGGCCCGGGUCACCAUCCGGAUCAUCACCACCACCACACUCAUCCUCCGCUAUCCCACGCCUUGUCCCUGCCCGAAGAAGAACCCAUCUCCUUCCGACGAAAGCCGAGAAUGUCGCCGCUGCCUGCCGACUACGACGACGGGUUGGACGCGGACCCAUUCGGCGGUGCUGGUCGCCGAGGGCGGCCCCGCCUGAAGAUGCCUAGUGUGGACGGGCUCGGGGAACCCGACUGGGGCAGCGAUGAUUUCGGGCUCCCCCCUCGGAGGGCCGGCUUACGGACGCCCGACGAUGGCUUCGGAGGUUCCUUGCGCUCGCCCGACAUUGACGGCAUGAUGAGGGACUUGGGGCUGGACAACCCGUUGAGCAAACGCGGGAUCCGCGGGAACACCACGCCGGACGUCCUGCUAGGGCGCGACCACGCUUUGCUCCAGCGUGGCGCCAACGCCAGUCUCAUGUCGUCCGCGGACAUGUCCAGCUCGAUGGAGUCGUCCAUGCGGAUCAAGAAACGCAGCUACAACCUCACUGCCACGACGGAGAGGACCACUGUCUCCAACAGCUAA